GACCAUGAGAACGAGUGAAGAAGGAAGAGAGGGAGGUGUGAUGCGGAGGAGGAGGGGUUGCACGUUUCAGAAGAACGACUUCCUCCCGGAGGAAUCGUUUGGGAGCUGGGGGAGCUACGGGAGGGCGCUGAUGGAGACGCCGCGGAGGCUGAAGGAUCGCAUCUUGACGCGGUCCAACGAGAGCGCGGAGGUGGGGGAGAUGAGGGCGCGUAGCAGCCACCAGAUGAAGAAAACGCUGAACUGGUGGGAUCUGAUGUGGCUCGGGAUCGGGGCGGUGAUCGGCGCCGGAAUAUUCGUUCUCACCGGAAUCGAGGCAAGGGAGGUGGCCGGGCCUGCGGUGGUGCUGUCCUACGUGGUGUCCGGGUUCUCCGCCAUGCUCUCCGUCUUCUGCUACACAGAGUUUGCCGUCGAAAUCCCCGUCGCUGGUGGCUCAUUUGCAUACUUGAGAGUGGAGCUAGGAGAUUUUGUGGCCUUCAUAGCUGCUGGAAACAUCCUUCUAGAGUAUGUAAUAAGUUGUGCCGCAGUGUCAAGAUCAUGGACCUCAUAUUUUGCUACUCUUUGCAACAAAAACCCUGAUGAUUUCCGCAUAGUGGUUCACAACAUGAACCCUAAUUACAACCACUUUGACCCUAUUGCAGUCAUAGUCCUUGCAGCCAUAUGCAUCCUCGCGAUUUAUAGCACCAAAGGCUCCUCAAUCUUCAACUACAUUGCCUCGGUGGUGCAUGUGGUUAUCAUUGCCUUUAUUGUCAUAGUGGGUCUUAUUCAUGUCAAGCCUCAAAACUAUGUACCCUUUGCACCCUUUGGUGUUAGAGGAGUUUUUCAAGCUUCAGCUGUUCUUUUCUUUGCUUAUGUAGGGUUUGAUGCUGUUGCAACCAUGGCUGAAGAAACCAAGAACCCUUCAAGGGACAUUCCAAUAGGGUUAGUGGGGUCAAUGGUUGUUACAACAAUAGCAUAUUGCUUGCUUUCAGCUACACUAUGCCUCAUGCAACCUUACACUAGCAUCGAUGUGAAUGCACCCUUUUCGGUUGCGUUUAGUGCCAUAGGGUGGGAUUGGGCUAAGUACAUUGUUUCUUUGGGGGCUUUGAAGGGAAUGACCACAGUGUUGUUGGUGAGUGUUGUGGGCCAAGCUAGGUACUUGACUCACAUUGCACGCACCCACAUGAUGCCCCCUUGGUUUGCCUUAGUGGACGAGCACACUGGAACGCCUGUGAAUGCCACGAUCGCCAUGGUUGUGGUGUCUGCUGUGAUUGCUUUCUUCACCGACCUUCAAAUUCUCUCCAACCUUUUAUCAAUCUCGACUCUCUUCAUAUUUAUGCUUGUGGCCAUUGCUCUCAUUGUGAGAAGGUAUUACUCUAGUGGGGUCACUACAAAGAGAAACCAAAUCACGCUCAUUGUAUUCAUUGUGUUUAUCAUUGCAUCUUCAUGUGGGAUUUCAUGUUAUUGGGCUCUUAGUGAAGGGUGGAUUGGAUAUGCUAUUUUUGUGCCUAUUUGGGCUUUAUCUACUGGAGGGCUUUGCCUUUUUGUUCCGAAGGCAAAGGAGCCUAAAUUUUGGGGGGUGCCUUUGGUUCCAUGGAUACCUUCCAUAUCUAUUUUUAUUAACAUUUUCCUCCUUGGGUCUAUAGAUAAAGACUCGUUUAUUAGGUUUGGGUUUUGGACAGUGUUUCUCUUGGUUUACUAUGUUUUCUUUGGGUUGCAUGCUUCUUAUGAUACAGCUAAGGAGUUUGAGGCACAACGUAGUAUGGAAAAUUCUAUAAACAAGAUGGAAGAUGGAGAGAUGUCUUCUACGUAGUCUCUAUGUUGAUACAUGAAUAAAAUGUAUAAGAAUUUUUCUAAAGUUUAGUAGUUAUUAAAGAAAUUUCAUUCUUAGAUAUGAACAUAUAGCAUGAAUGUAUGUUUCAGAGUGAGUAUAGUCCAAAUAGACAAUGGGAAGUUGAUCGAAAUUCUAUAAGGCUU